AUAGAAGAAGAUAUAGACAAUACAAGAAAAACCCAAAUAAAUUAUCAAUUUUAUAUAUUUUUUUGGAAACAUUUUUGAUCGGAUGGGGUUCCUACACAAGCUGUGGGAUGAUACGGUGGCCGGACCGGCACCGGAAAGUGGUCUCGGAAAGCUGAGAAAGCACGAUUCAUUAUCCACCGUCCGAUCUCCUCCUCCUCUCUCUAGCGAUCAAGUCACCAGAAGCAUAAUCAUUACCAAGGGGAAUAACAAUGUCCGUGGUCUCCGGAAAUUGAAGAUGGAUCCGGGUCGUGUUCCGGAUUCUCCAACCGGGUCAAGCAGCAACCCGGAGACGCCUUUAACCCCCGGGACCCCAUGUGAUAAUUUUGGACCAUUCAGCGCCGAUAAAAUCCCAUCCUCCGGCGAAGCUGAUGCCGCAAGUCUCACUACUUAUGAAUGGAUUGUGAUUAACGCAUUGGACCGUUGAAAAACGAAGAGAAAGAGCGAAAAUUCUACGGGGGUUUGUGUAAAUAUAAAUAACCUAUGCAUGUAAUUAUGUAAAUAUUUACUGAUAUGGUCACUGUUAUAUUAUGUCUCUGGAAACAAAGAAGCGCUAUAGACGCUAUGUCUCCAUUUUCCGACAGGGUUUCCAAUGAUAAAGGAGGGAGUACUAAGUAUGUAUAUA